AUGGGAGAUAGAAUCAAGAUCUUGACUGGAAAUGCUCACAGAGACUUGGCCGAUGAGAUCUGCCAAGACCUGAAUCUUGCAAUGGGAAAGGCCCAAGUCGGCAAGUUCUCCAAUGGCGAGACCUCUGUGAUGAUCAGUGAGUCCAUUCGUGACAUGGACGUCUACAUCAUCCAGCCAACCUGCAACCCAAACGUCAAUGACAACUUGAUGGAGCUCCUCAUCAUGGCCGACGCCAUUCGCAGAGCCUCAGCUCACCGUAUCACAGCCGUCAUUCCAUGUUUUGGUUACGCCCGUCAAGACAAGAAGGACAAGUCCCGUGCUCCAAUCACCGGAAAGCUCGUCGCUAACCUGAUCGAGACCGCCGGUAUUGACCGUGUCAUCACCAUGGAUCUGCAUGCAAGCCAGAUUCAAGGAUUCUUCAACAUUCCAGUGGACAACUUGUAUGCUGAGCCACAGAUUAUCAAAUACAUCAGAAAGAUGAUCCCAGGUGACAAGGUGAUCGUGUCGCCAGACGCCGGUGGUGUCAAGAGAGCCAAGUUGAUCUCAGACAAGCUGGACGCCGAUCUGGCCAUCAUCCACAAGGAGCGCAAGAAGGCCAACGAGGUCUCUGGUAUGAUCCUGGUCGGAGACGUCAAGGACAAGGUUGCCCUCAUCGUCGACGAUAUGGCCGACACCUGUGGCACUCUGGUCUCUGCCUGUGAGAUGCUCAUUAGCAAGGGCGCCACCAAGGUGUACGCCCUCGUCACACACGGAGUUCUGAGUGGCGACGCCGUCGAGCGUCUCAACAAGUCCUCCCUGACAGAGCUGGUCAUCACCAACACCAUCCCCCACGCCGACAAGGCCGCCAAGUGCUCAAAGAUCAAGACCAUCAACAUCGCCCACACCCUGGCUGAGGCAAUCAGACGUACUCACCAUGGUGAGUCCAUCUCAUCCUUGUUCAGUGACUCCAAGUAA